CGAAAUUGUUUUAGUAUAUUAGAUAUUAGUUAGAUAUUUUUAAUGGGUUUUUCUAAUAUUUUAAAAUUUGUAUUUGAUUCAUUCCAAGAAGUUUUUCUUCAUGUAAAACGAUCUUUUGAAUAUCUUCAAGAGAUUAGUUUGUAUCCGUUCCGAUCAUUAUUUGAGACAUAUCCUAACUUGACGUCAAUAUCAUUAUCACUUUUGACACUUUAUGUUUCUUUAUAUGUUUUAGGACGAGCAUUUAGAGGUUUUAAAGUGUUUCUUCGUAUUUUUUUUCUUGUAGCAAUCAUAUCAUGUAUUAUUUAUAUAUGGAAAAAUGGAAUUGAAGUUGCACGAGCCAGAGUUGAGGACACAAAAAAACGUACUAGAGAGUUAGUAUUUUUGUUAAUCAACCGGAAAUACCAAGGUAGACGUUAAAGUUAACCAGUUAAUUAUGUAUUUAUUGCGUUUUUUU